AUGUCAUGCUCUGCGUCUCCCUUUUGGCGCACCUCGUCCAAUCCCUCGAGUCCUCCAAGCAAAAGGGUCAUUGGCGCAUCCUAUUCACACGCCGACAUACUCAACUUCAGCUCCUUGUACAGUCCCCUCCGCGCCCUCCGCGCUCCAGACAUAAUAGAAGUGCGACAUGCUGACGUCCCAAGGAGCGUCUCAGGAUCCAAUUCACGUCCACGUACCCCACCUUCAGCGACACACAGUCGCGAGUCGAGCAUAGCGCCCAGCCGAACAAGCAACACCACUUCUCCCCGCCCGGCGCGAGCUACCUACAGCCACUUUCUCCGUGAAACGCAUCAAGAUUGGAACUAUGGCGAUGACGAGGAUGGUGACAUCAUGUUCGAAGACGAUGAGGACGAGUUCGGUCUCCCAAGUAUUGCAAACAUGCGAAGAAAAGGGCGGCGGAAACAGCCUCCACAGACCAAAGAUCCAGGAGGGACGCUGAGCAGGACGAGUACAGGCUCAUCGGCAGCAUGGAGGGGCAUAGAUAGUGGCGACAUUGCCGAAGAACGCGGUAUACCCAAUUACCCCACGGCGAAGAAGAUCGAGGGGAAGAUCCUACGGCCACAGUACCAAGAAAUCCUGCGAGACCCUGCAAACUCACUCCACCUCAUAUCGCAUCCUAGUCUUCCGGCGAAUGCAACGGCCAAGCAAAUCGAGGAAUUUUCGUCGCGGACAACGAGAAUCAACAAGUUCAAGCGCAUAUUGCAGGCAAGCACAAUCUCACUCUCUGAUCUACGCGACUCGGCCUGGUCAGGGGUGCCAUCAGAGGUUCGCGCCAUGACCUGGCAGGUCCUCCUCGGCUACCUGCCUACCAGCAGCGAGCGACGGGUCGCGACCUUGGAGAGAAAGCGAAAGGAAUACUUGGAGGGCGUCCGUCAAGCUUUCGAACGCGGUACUGCGGGCAGUGCCGGCGCUGUGGCUUCUGCCAUAGCAGGACCAUCUUCGCAAACAUCCUCGAAUCGUGGCCGGGGGCGUGGCUUAGACGAAGCGAUAUGGCAUCAAAUCAGCAUAGAUGUACCCCGAACGAAUCCACAUUUGGAGCUCUACAGUUACGAAGCAACCCAAAGAUCGCUCGAGCGCAUCUUGUACCUCUGGGCAAUCCGGCAUCCCGCGUCAGGUUAUGUCCAAGGCAUCAAUGACCUCGUCACUCCUUUCUGGCAGGUCUUCCUUGGUGCAUACAUCUCAGAUCCCGAUAUCGAGUUUGGAAUGGAUCCUGGGCAGCUACCAAAGCAAGUAUUGGAUGCAGUUGAGGCCGACUCGUUUUGGUGUCUCACCAAGCUCUUGGACGGUAUACAAGACAAUUACAUUGCACAGCAGCCAGGUAUCCAACGGCAGGUUGUCCGUCUGAGGGAUCUCACAACACGUAUAGAUGCAAGCUUGGCCAAGCACCUAGAAAAUGAGGGCGUCGAGUUCAUCCAGUUCAGCUUCCGGUGGAUGAAUUGUCUACUUAUGCGUGAAAUAUCUGUCAAGAAUACAAUAAGGAUGUGGGACACGUACCUGGCCGAGGAAGAUGGGUUCUCGUCCUUUCAUCUCUACGUCUGCGCCGCGUUUCUUGUCAAGUGGUCCGAUCAGCUGAGGAAAAUGGACUUUCAGGAGACCAUGAUGUUCCUACAAUCGCUGCCCACCCGCAAUUGGACUGAGAAAGACAUUGAAUUGCUACUUAGCGAAGCCUUCAUCUGGCAGAGUCUCUUCAAAGGCAGCGGUGCCCAUCUGAAGAACACAAGUUCUCGUGGAGGCGGUGUAGGCAUGGGCCCCGACUUUUGA